AUGGAUUCAAUAGAAGCUCCUUCUCCACCUUUUCAAUCUCCCUCUCGUUCCAGCCAACAACUGCAUUUCUACCUCGCCGUGGAUCGGCCCCAAUUCAAAAUGGAGACUGUAGUGGAGUUAUUAGGCGUUCUAGGUCGUCGUCAAUGGCUUCCGAUUGUAGUUUGUUGCAGCUCUCGCGACGAACUCGACGCCGUCUGUUCUUCCUUAUCCACUCUUCCUUACAUUUCCUUAGCCGCUUUGUAUAGCGAUGUGGCAGAGAGAGAAAGAAGUAUGGUUUUAGAGAAAUUCCGGCAAGCAACAACCAACUGGAACCAGAAACUUAACUCUGCGGUAGAAGAAGGUUUGGAGGAGAGUGAGACUGGAAAAGAUGAAAAGAAAUCUCAUUUGGUAGUUGUAACCGAUGUUUGUCUUCCUCUGCUUUCAUCUGGAGAGUCUUGUCUUUCCGCUAGAGUUCUCAUCAACUACGAGCUUCCUACAAAGAAGGAAACGUAUACAAGGCGUAUAACAACUUGCUUAGCUUCAGGUGGGAUUGUCAUAAACAUGGUUGUUGGAGGUGAAGUGACGACUCUCAAAAGUCUUGAAGAAAGCAGCAGCGUUGUCAUUGCAGAGAUGCCAAUCAAUAUUUCUGAAAUUUUAUAA